CCGCUGUUCCCGCCAAUAUCACACAACAAUGAACCGUUGAUGUGGAACUGACGCACUGGCAUUGCGAGAGGGUGCGCGAGGGACAAGAGAGCCGAGCGUACUUGUGUCUGAUGCAGAAGUCUCACUUUCGCGCACGCUGACAAAACACAAACAACCUCAGACAAGAAGAAGGAAAGACCACGUGCGCGGAUGAUGAGCUCGUCUUCGUCGUCGUGGUUGGAGCAUAUCAGUGCCACCAACGUGGCGCUGAGUGUUGUGAUUGGCUAUCUUGUGUACAAGGUGUUUGGCUUUGACAAGCGGGCCGAACAGAGGAAGGAGCAGGACCGCAAGAAGCGGGAGGAGGCCCUGGGACACGACAGGGUGUUCACACUGAAAGAGCUGCGCGCUUACGAUGGCACAAAGCCAAGCAAGGAGCAUGGCGGCGAGAAGCCCAUCUACAUUGCCGUGGACGGUGUCGUCUUCGACAUGACUUCUGGCGCAGACUUCUACGGACCAGGUGGACCAUAUGCCGGGUUUGCUGGCCACGAUGCCACCCGUGGAAUGGCCACGAUGGCGGUUGGACUGGUUUCUGAAGAGUGGGAUGACACGUCGGAUCUGGACGAGCAUGAGCGCCAGACCAUGCUCGAGUGGAAAGAGAAGUUUCUCAGCAAGUACCCAGUGCGAGGGACCCUCGUCAAGAGCAAGUAGCCGCGUCACAAGACCAACACACACACACACACACACACACACACACACACACACACACACACACACACACACACACACACACACGCGCGCGCGCGCGCGCGCUUUCGUUCGUUUGCCUGCACCUUGUCUACUGUUGGGAACGCUGCGUACUGCCAAACAACAGACGCACGUCCACACGACCACUACAAAUAAGAAGCAAGCCAAGCAC